GGCCCAAGCACGCAGCUGCAGGGACAAACACCGCCAGCCUGCAGCUCGGGGGGCAGCCCCAAAACGCAGCACGGGGCGUCCCCUCUGCCCCUCGUCGUUACCCCCAGCCUCUGGUCCGUGUGGCAGCUGCCUGCUGUGCGGGCUGCCCCUGCUGCAGGGCUCCUGGCUUCGCAGGGGCUGCGUGUGCCAUAGCUGUGGGCAGGGAAAGGGGCCUGCUGGGAUUCAGUGACCCACGGCGGAGCUGCUUGGCUGGUGCCUCCCUUCCUCAAGCUGCGAGCUGAAGGAAAGGUGGGGCCAGUCUCAGGCUGCUUCUGCGUGACGUUCCUUUCUUUACGUUUAAAUACAUCUCCUAAAUGCUAAAAGCUUCAUCUCUGCUUGGACUGAGAGCCCGAGGAAUUCCUCUCCUGCCUUUAAUUUCCAAUUAGCUGAGCCUCCCCAGUCUCCCUCCUCUGCCCCAGAGGCUCUGUUAUCGUCCCACCCUCCGGGCAGAGAAGCUUCUGAAAUUGAUGUAACUAAUAAUCGUGGAAAAAGUCCUGCUGCAUUCACAGUCCGUGGCUACAAAAAAAAUGGAGCCUCGAUUUAAAAGCCUGCAGCGACAAAUGGAUUAUUUCGGUGGCAAAUGAGUCUCCGCGGACCAACAAUUUGGGGAGCUGAACGCUGGAAUUGGAAUGCGGGGGAUCAAUUCCCAACGCUUAGAGGCAAGGUUAAUGCCCUGCAAGCAGUAUUGAGCGCAGCGAUGAGAGAUAACGUGCCUCUGUGUUUCCAAUGCCGGGCGGGGGAGCGCGGCGUUAAAAGCGAAAAUGGGAAAGUUUGGAGCAGAACAAGAGCGAGAGAGGGCACGGAUUUGCUAACACAGCAUGAUGCGCUGCUUGGGGACGGAGUUUUCAGGCGAAUGCUGAGGGUGACGGUGUGCUUUCACUAAAGGGACUGGAAGUAACGCUGCUGAGGAGGGAGAUGUUGGACGGGAGGCACCUGUGUGGUUCUGCAGAAAGCAAAGCAGCAGAGAUGAACAACACCUGAAAGCCCGAGAAGCCUUUCCUUCCACCGAGGGCAACGCCUUUGCAGUCACAGCAUGAAGUCGUUGCAGAAGAAAGACCUUUUUAAGGCAGAGUCGUUCCAUCGCUUCCGUCCGCCAGGAAGAAGAGGAGCUGCUGGAAGGGCUCACAUCUGCUAUUGUCGUUGGUGGGAUGACAAAAGAGAGAAACCCUUCCAGUUCUUCGGCGGGAGCACGGGUGCAGCGGGGAGCGCCUGUUCCAGCGGAUGGCCGCGUGCCGCAUCUGUGUUUGCUUCGCUGGAACAGCUGUUCGGAUUUUGCUGGUGCCAAGGAGAUAAUCUGACUGCAGGGAAAAUCUUACUCCGCGAGGGAACGCUUGUGGAAGGAGGCACGCUGAGCUCCUGUGUGGGCUGCCCCUGGCAACGCGGCCUGGCGAGGAAGGGAGCAACCUCUGCGCUGACCUUCAGCUCGUCCCCAGCCAUCCAGCACACAGGUGCCUUUGGCCAGAGGGGCCGAAGAGACCCUACGGAUGGAGAAGGGAGGAAGUGGAGCAGUGGAGGGUUCAGCCUCCUGGAGGCCGUGCAGCGAGAGCUGGAAACUGCAACAGCACGGGGUGCGUGGGAUGCGGGCAGAACCCCACUGUGCCAGGGCCCCAUCUCACAGCUGGAAGGACCCCAGGCUGCGGGGGCAGCUCUGUGUCCGUGGCCAGGCUGCUGCAGCCCGGGGGCUGCUCCCUGCCAACAGUGGGCACUAGGCUUGGCCAGGGGCGUUGUGUGCUCCAGCUGCCUUUGCUUCCAGCGGGCCGUUGUCCCUAGGUGCAUUUGGUGCAGAUCCAGGCCGCAUCUGCUAACGGAAAAGAAGAUCUGCAAUCAUUCCACACCGCGUCUCCCGACCACGAUGGAUUUUGCACGGGCAAACGGCAAUUCCCACACCAGGAGACGGAACUAAGGGCCGUGCCCGGGGCACCGUGACCGCCCCAC